AGUUGAAUGAAAAUCACAGAAACAGAAAGUAAAAAGUUGGAGUUUGCAAUGCAAAAGAAAAUGGGGUUUGGCCAGCACUGCUAUGGUGAUGCGGGGAUGAGGAUGGAUAGUGCGUCUGAGGAAGAGAGCUAUUUCUUCCACGAAGAGUCAUGGAGCUCUGAGAACAACAACUUCCACAAGCAGCACCCAGCCAUGCAAAUGAACAGGCUGGGAGGAGGAAUGUUUCAGGAAGGCAUGCACAGUGACCAUGGUUUCGGACAUGGUUAUGCGCGUCAUGGGGGUGGCAGAAAGUUCCCUUACGGUGGUAGUGGUGGUGGUGGGAGGUUGAAUUCUGGUGGGCAACAGUACUUCUCGGAGGAAACUGAAUAUGAGGAGUGUUACAGAGAGGAGCAUGUUGGUCCAAAGUUUGGUGAAAUGAGAUACCAGAAGAAUAACUGGGGUGGUGAAACCUGUUAUGCCAAUGGCUAUGACAGGAACAUGAUUACCAACAUGAACUACAAACCACACAAAGUUCAGUGGACGGCAAAGGGAGUCUAAAUUAUCACCUACACCAACUUCCUCUGCAUGCACUUUGCUUCUAAUAAUCACAAUAAAACACAGUUCUCAUCAAAUCUGUGCUUUCAUCUUUUCUUAUUUCAAUAAGAUUCCACCCUUUGUGUUUGGGUGUUACUUUUAAUA